GCAGUAGCAGCACGCCUCCGCUUGGAAGGGCACCAGCCAGCCUGAGAAGCACCAAGGACGGCGUGACAGAACACCGAGUCCCACUCUCUCACCUUUACUGGUUCUGUACAUAUUACAAUACCAAGCAGUCUUCCCGGCUCCUUCUCGAUGUCGAACCAGCAAGGAGAGAACUGUUUGUUGGGCUCAGUAGACGGCAAGAAGGACGUGAGGAUGAAGGAGAAGAAAUCGUGGGCGUCCUAUAUGACAAACUCUCCCACCGUGAUCGUGAUGAUCGGCCUGCCUGCCAGAGGGAAGACGUACAUGUCCAAAAAGCUUACGCGGUACCUCAACUGGAUCGGCGUUCCCACCAAAGUGUUCAACCUGGGUGUGUACCGCAGGGAGGCCGUCAGAGCCUACAAGUCCUACGACUUCUUCCGCCACGACAACGAGGAGGCCAUGAAGAUCAGGAAGCAGUGUGCUCUGGUGGCCCUGCAGGAUGUCAAGGUGUACCUUACAGACGAGGGAGGUCAGAUUGCUGUUUUCGACGCAACCAACACAACAAGAGAGCGCCGAGACCUCAUUCAAGCGUUUGUGGAGGAGAAUGCAUUUAAGGUGUUCUUUGUGGAAUCAGUGUGUGACGACCCUGAGGUCAUCGCUGCUAAUAUCAUGGAAGUCAAGGUAUCCAGUCCGGACUACCCCGAGAGGCACCGUGAAAGGGUCAUGGAUGACUUCCUGAAGCGGAUCGAGUGCUACAAGGUGACUUACCAGCCGCUGGAUCCUGACGAUUACGACAAGGACCUGUCCUUCAUCAAGGUGAUAAACGUGGGCCGGCGCUUCUUGGUAAACCGGGUGCAGGACUACAUCCAGAGUAAGAUCGUCUACUACCUCAUGAACAUCCAUGUGCACUCGCACUCCAUUUACCUGUGUCGUCAUGGCGAGAGCAACCACAACGUCGACGGUCGCAUCGGGGGAGACGCAGAACUUUCUCCCCGUGGGAAACAGUUCGCCCAUGCCCUUCGUGACUUCAUUGAGGAGCACGAGCUGUCGGACCUGAAGGUAUGGACGAGUCAGCUGAGACGCACCAUUCAAACGGCGGAGGAGCUGGCGGUGCCCUACGAGCAGUGGAAGAUUCUCAACGAGAUUGACGCGGGUGUGUGCGAGGAGAUGACCUACGAGAUGAUCCAGAGGGCGUUCCCAGAGGAGUUUGCUCUGAGGGACCAGGACAAGUAUCACUAUCGCUACCCAGGGGGGGAGUCGUAUCAGGAUCUGGUCCAGCGUCUGGAGCCAGCCAUCAUGGAGCUGGAGAGACAAGGCAAUAUCCUGGUGGUCUGCCACCAAGCGGUCAUGCGCUGUCUUCUGGCCUACUUCCUGGAUAAAAGCGCAGAAGAUCUACCCUACAUGAAGUGUCCGCUGCACACCGUCCUCAAACUCACCCCUGUGGCGUAUGGCUGUAAAGUGGAAAUGUUUUAUCUCAACGUGGAGGCGGUCAACACGCAUCGGGAUCGACCCCUUGGUAAAACGGCAGAGGACUGUGCUCGUUUGCUGCGGCGGAAUAGUUACACGCCUCUGUCCAGUCAUCACCAGGUCAAGCGUCCCAGGCUGUACAGCGCCGGAAAUCAGCCUUGGCUGCCGCUCGCCCCCACCCCGUCGGCGCUGAUGCCCGAGGGCCGGCCGAGCCAAGACUCCCUGUGCGAAGGAACCCACUUUGGCAGCUUCGACGAAACGGGCGACUGCGUCCGCUUUUGAGUGACGACGCGUCGGCCACAACAUCAGGUACACCCGCACCAAAUCUCAAAUGAGACGAGAGCGCAGUUUAUUUUGGAACACGUUAAUGUUUUUGUUUGUUUGCUUCGUCCACUUGGGUUCCAAUUAAUUCCGAUUGCUAAAUAAUGUUUCCUAUUGCAUGCAAUGGGAAUAGUCCGUUCCACCAUGGAACUUUCAAUACAAUGUUUUAGAAACAUUUUACAAAAACACAAACGUUAAUGAAAACGAUGUGUUACACAUUCAUGACUUGAUGAAACUAUAAUAAACAAUUGUAUUAUUUACCUAUAGGUGGCGCUGUGAAUGUGUCAUGGUCAUAUUAUUAAAUGAGGUACUCGUUCAAGUAACAACUUGCAAUGUCAACAUUUCAUGUUUGUCUGUACAUGCUGAUGCUUAAAGGAUGAAUAUUACAAGCAUGGUUUGCAACCAGCAAAUUAGAUGUACAGUAUUUAAAAACUUUAAAAUCAAAGUAAAAUGUGGGAAAUACUAUAUUCUCUAUAUAUUUAAGUGGAUUCUGGGCGGUUGAAAAUUGUAAUUUGUAAUAUUUUGUGUGCCUGAUUUGUGUAUUCAGUUCUUUAUAAUGUGUAGUUUUUCUUUUCUUGUAUUACUAUUGCUAUUUAUCUUUUUAUCUCAAUGGAAGAUUAAGCAUGGAAGGAUGCCUAUUUGUGCCUUUUUAGCUGAUAAAAUGUAAUUGUUUUAUUGGGUUUUUUUAUUAUAAAAUGUGUAGUUGUCUUUGCAGCAUGUGUGUUGAUGCAAAAACGCGAAAUUGUGUUGGUGGUCCUUGUCUCAUGGCCAUGAUUCAAAACUAUUAAAGACUCCGUUAUAACUUUU